AUGGUAAGGGUAGGCAAAUUGAUGAAAAACAAUAACAGUAAGGCAGAGGCUGCUGCAGAGGCCGUCAAGGUUGACCGUCGUCGUGAUCGAUGGUGGCAGUGUUCGCAGAGGGUCCCUCUACAGGCAAGGUACUGUAUCCAUACUCCGUACAUCGAAGUUUCCAGGUUGCAAGAGCAAUUCGUUGACCGCUUGACCAGGGUGAUGCUCGUUGGUCGGGGCGACUCGUAUACCCGUGUCCGAGGAGCUGGAAGGGUUCACCUGGGCUCCCCUGGCGGUGCCUGGGAAGUGGCAUGGGCCCCGCUCUUUCCUGGCUCUUUUCGGGAUGUAGUGGUUAAUGGAACCCGUCACUCUUUACGCAUAAAUGAAUACGCAGUACCUAUGAACCUUGGACCCUCCACACCUCACGCCCAAAACUGCCUAAACCCAAUCCAAUGUAGGUAUGCGAACAACGCACCAAAGCUCGGCACUGAGCGGUUGAGAGUCCCCGUCGCGGACGACCAUCGAAACGGAGCAGGCCCGCUGACGACCGAAUACCACUCUGGUUCCUUCCGGAGAGGUGGGCGGACAAAGGACAGAUGCCCAGAGAGAAAGAGGACAGAAUGGUACGUCAGUGGUAAGACGAUGGCCCUGCCGAGCGGAGGCUCUUACAAGAUACCAAUCGCACCAUCUCCGGAUCCCGCGCAUCUGAAGCAUCGGCAGACGUCUACCAGGUGCCUCGCGUCAUGUCCCGCCGUGCCGUGCCCACCGCAGUCCAUAGCCAGAUCAUAUUCUUCCAUGAUCCAUCCCAUGGCGGGCGGCAUGGCCCCGGUCUUCACUUCGGCUUCUAGUGGACGGAAUCACGGAUACGCAUCGAGAGCCUCCAUGAAGCUAGGGAUCAUACGGACCAACGCGGACUACGGACAAAUUCGCAAACUCGUUAGCUUGACACAGUCCCGCGAUGGGACCAUCAUCAUCCAUGACCUUGAAUUAUCGUGGCCGAUACCGCCAUGCACGACAGAAUCUUCUUCCAAGGGAAUCCACCCCUUUUUGCUGCUUCAGUAUCAGCAUGCCAGGCAAGCCUUUGAUUACAAGCUUGUCAGGGCCUUUUUUGGAAUUGCCUCAUUUGGUUUGGUCGCUGCCCACAAGAACCCCCCGUGCCAAAUCUUCCACUGCUCAGAAGUCUUCCUGGGAUCCUGGAAGCUGGCACUGGCAGACAACGAUAUCCGCACACACCGCAACUGCAAAACCCGGGCACGUCUUGGCAGCCAUGGACCAGCAGCGAUGCCCGUUUGCCAACUUGUCGUCAGGUCCUUGAGCUUUCAUCUCGUCUUCGGCUUCAUCGUCUCCACAAGUGCACGCACAUCAACGGUUCCGUUCCAAGUCAUGAUCUCACGCUUGAGCCAACUUCAAAGUUCACGGACGCCAGAUACCGUUGGUGGCAUUCAGGGUGCCAAGCAGCGAUUCAACGAAAAAUCUCGCCCCCCUGCCCCCUUUCACUUCCCUCGUCUUGGAAAAGUUGGGGAUUCAGGACCGGCACUCGAAAGGCUUGUCGAGGGAAGCCCUGCUCGCACUGCAGCCGCACCAACCAACCCGCUUGACCUGCUCGUCCCGUCGCUGUGGCAAUUUGGUGCUUUUUGCUCAAGGCCGGGAAACUCUGUCAUCGCACGGCCGCUAGCGCUCGCCGACCUUGAGAAGACGACGCAUCCCGGGACCUCCCUGUCCAACGGCUUUCAAGCCUGCUUGCCUCUAAUCUUGACCGAAUAUCUCGAGUCCUCGUUGGUCAGAUGCGCACCAAGGCCGCCCACAAUUCAGACCGAGCUUCUCCCAUCGCCGCAAUGCAAGUCCAUCGCAGUGGCGAAGACCACAGCCACGCGUAUUCAGCUUAGCAGCCUCGGCGAUGAAAAGUUGGCAACCUUCAUCACCGCAAGGGGCACUGGAACCGAGGGCCUUGACUUCGAAUGGCAGCCGCCCGAGGUCCACAGUGCCGAGGGUGACGAGAAUGGGCUCAGCGGACCGGUCACCGACGACCAGAGUCGGGGAGAGAAACCUACGUUGGCUUCAACGGCGCGGAUCGCGAUCCAUGCCAUGUCCUCUUCAGCCCAUGUUCUUCGCCUGUACUGCAUGUCACUUGGCAUCGACAGAAGCGCCGCCGCACUCGUGCGCACCUAUGCGCCCAUGCCCGGCCCUGGUCACCGGCCCCCCGGUGCUGUCUCUGGCGGCACAGGCGUGUUCACAUGGCCGCUCCCCGAAACUGCAUCUAUUUCCGCCGCCGACGCGGCUACCUGCUCGUGGCUGCGGCUCUCCGUGGACUUGACACAGACCAACGAUUGCUCUCCGAAAGGCGGGUGA